CUAAUAGUGGGUUUCGUCAACAUGAGGUUGAUAUUGUUAUUGGCUCUUAGCUUUGCUGCUAUCGCAGCAGCUGUACCGAUUUCAAAAGAGGAAAAGGCUUAUCCUCGGUUCAUUGAAUUCCCCGAUGGUGACGGUGUAAUGCAUACAAUAGAUCUGGAAGCUGAACCAGACAUGGAACUUUUAGAAGAGAUUAAUAGAAAUCCUGCCAACAACCGAUAUCUUCUUUACACCAGACGAAACCCCAAAAACGCACAAGUAUUGGUAAUUAAUAAUGCCAAUUCUGUUACUUCAUCGAACUUCAAUGCACGUGUCCCCACUGUAGUCAUCGUCCACGGCUGGCUGAGCAACCAGAAGUCAAGCUUGAAUGAUGUAAUUAGAGACGCUUAUUUGGCUAAGAGCGAUGUUAAUAUAAUCGUCAUGGAAUGGAGAAGACUGGCGCUUUCUGACUACGUUACCGCUGUAAGAGGAGUGCCAGCAGUGGGUCGCGGUCUCGGACAGUUCCUGGCAUUCCUCAAUCGUGCAGUUGGUGCUCCCUUCAACACGAUGCACUUGAUUGGAUUCAGUUUGGGAGGGCAUCUCGUUGGAAAUGCUGGAAGAGAAAUCGGAGGCAGAGCUGCCCGUAUUACCGGUCUGGAUCCCGCUGGUCCACUGUGGAACAACAAUAACGACCGUCUUAGAGCCAGCGACGGUGUUUAUGUUGAGGGUAUACAUACUGACGGAGGUACCGCAGGACUGGGUAUCGGAAGUGCAUGUGGUAAUGCCGACUUCUUCCCUAACGGAGGAAAAUCACAGCCAGGAUGUGUAACUGGUAUCUGUGACCACAAUCGUUCUUGGGAAUUAUUUGCUGCGACGGUCACAUACAAUCAUCUAGUCGGUCAGCGAUGCAACAACAUGAACCAAGUCGACUCUAAUUCGUGCACUGGUUCAAGAUUGAAUAUGGGAAAUGAUAUUAUAAACAAAUCUGGAUCCGGACUAUAUCGUGUGAACACAGGCAGAAAUCAUCCAUACUAGUUGAAUCAAAAUAAAAAUAAUAAUUAUGCUAUAAA